AUGGAUAUAUUGUUGUAUAUUAAAAAGAAUACAAGAUUCUCAAAGAAUGAUCCACCACUUGCAUGUAUAUCAGCACCAAUCAUUGGAGGAUUAUACCAAAUGUCAAGUAAUCCACCAGAUGAUAUGUUGAGAUUGGCAAGAAAGAGUGGAAAAAUCUUUUCUAUUUGGUUUGGUGACAAUUACACUGUCUUUAUCAACGAUCCAGAGCUACUAGAAGAGGUGUUUAUCAAGAACCAUGACACCUUUGGAGACAGACCAUUUGUACCAAGUCUUCGUAUCGUAUGUGACAAUUUCAAUGAUUUGGUGUUGAAUGACAAUGACACUUGGAAACCACUACGUAAAUUUUUGGAUCAAUCAUUCACAAAGACCAAACUCAAGGCUCUUGCUCCAGUCAUUGAACUUCAAUCAAAUAAUUUAGUAAAUAGAUUAAAAGAAUAUUCUAGAUCUGGUGAACCAGUUGACCCAUUCCCAUAUUUAAGAAAGUUUACAUUUAGUAUUAUUGUUAAAAUGGUAUUGAAUAUUGAUUUGGCCUAUGAAGAAGAACCAAAUGAGGGAAUUAUGAACACCAUGUUUACUCCAAUCAAUGAACUGGUCAAGAGAAUUGCACAAGGUGCCGUCUUUGAUACUAUUCACUUGUUGAGUGGUUUAUAUUAUCAUUCAAUCGGAAAGUUAUUAAACAAGUCACUCGAUAGUAUUCGUACCAUUGCUAGAAACAUUAUCAAAGAACAUAGAGAAACUGUUGAUCCAAAAAAUACAAGAGAUGUUUUAGAUUUAAUGAUUCUUGCAGGAUAUGAUGAUGAAUUAAUGUUAAAUGUUAUUUUUGAUAUGUUGAUUGCUGGUGUAGAGACUACCGCCUCAUCAUUGUCAUGGUUAACAUUGCUGAUGGUCAAUCAUCAAGAGGAACAGGAUAAUUUGAGAAAUGAACUUCAAACAAAGUUCCCUCAAUGGGAGAAUAUCCAGGCAACCGAUCGGUCAGGUUGUACCUAUACUUCGGCCGUCAUCAAAGAAUCGCUGAGACAUCGUCAAUUGGCUCCAUUUAGUGUUCCUCGUAUUGCAAAGACUGAUGCAUGGAUUGGAGAGUAUUUUGUUCCCAAGGGUACUCAUAUCAUGGGUAAUCUACUUGCCAUCCACAAAAACUAUUUCCCAGACGGUGAAGAGUUUAAGCCAUCUAGAUGGCUCGAUGAUACCAGUCUCAACCCAGUAGGUCAAACCAAAUGGGUUCCCUUUAGUUUGGGUCCAAGAGUUUGUGUAGGAUACCAGUUGGCACAUGACGAACUCUUUGUUGCCGUUUCCAAAAUGUUCCACAACUUCAAGAUCACUUCUCCAGAUGGCAGUAAACUCGAUGAGACACCAGCCCAUGGUAUCACUGUUCAACCACUUCAUUCACAUAAAUACAAGUUUGAAAUUGUCAAUUAA